AUGGAUGAUAAUAAUAAACUCGAAAGUCUUAGAACAGCAAUAAUUAGGGGGAUGAUAGCUUUUAUUAACAGCCAAUAAUAAGAAGAUGAAGAAAAGUGUAAUAUUUAAGACACUUAACAAAAUUUAUAAAUAAUACAUGCUUAAGUUUAAUUAUAAUAAUAAAUUAAUUCUUCAUCACCCUAAACAGGAUCGUAAUAUUAAAUACAGAAUUAAACAAGCUUAAAGAUAAUUAAGCUUUGACGAAACAUUAAAAAGAAUUCUAUAAAGCAAAAUAUUCUUAAUAAUUAUUAGAAAAUCUAUCAUAAACAGGAAAAGCCAAACCUAUUUCUAUACCCCAUGUUAAUCAGAUUAUCAAUGAAGAAAAUGUUGAUGUUUUAUUUUACACAUUGAAAGAAUCUUUGUUAAGGGAUUAAAACCUAGAAUUACUUAAAACAGAUAGUUCAGUUUAUGCUGGAUUAUAAUCUCUUAUAGGAGCAUUAGGAUAAGAUUAAGGUUGCUUAAAAUUUCGAACUACUUAAAUUGAUUAUAAUCAACUAACAACUGAUGACUAGUUUAGAAACUAAUAUCUAUCUGAAUUAAAACAAAAAAUAGCACAAAAUUACAAUAUUAAGACUGAUCAAGUUUAGGUCGUAGCAAUCAAUAAAGGGAGCACUGAGAUUUUGCUAAAAAUUAUAUCAAGUAGAGUAGAUAUUGAAAAUUUAAAAGAAGAUGAUAUUAAAUUUUUUAAAAACGUAUGUGGAGGUUCUAUCGAUUAUUAUAACUACUUUGUUUAAGCAGUAGAGAAGGUGAAAGUGGGGCUUUCAUAUUCAGAUUUUAAUCCUCAUCACAACAUGAGAUGGGAUAAUUUUCCAAAAAAAGAAGAAAGAGGACCCCCAGGUUACCGCUAUCAUUAUUAUUUUCCAAAAGGAUGCCAAGGUUUUGGAUUAAAGCUUGAUGAAAAUGAGUAUAAAAAUAUGAAUUGGAUUAAAAUGGAUGGUAAUGAGGAAGAAUGGAGAAUUUUAUUUCAUGGAACAAAAUAACAUUGCGUGGCUGGUAUCACAAAAGAUAAAUUAAAAGGAGGGUAGAAUCAAGUCUACGAGAAUGAUAUUUGUGAAGAUAGAGGAAGAGGGAUAUAUUUCUCCGAUAAAAUUAAAGUAUGUCUUCAUCCUUAUUAUGCUUCGCCUGUCUAAGUAGGUUAAAAGUAAUUUUCAGUAAUUUUCAUGUCUAGGGCAAACCCAACAAAAAUUAGAUAAAGCCCAGAAAUGAAAAAAGAGAGGUACUUUGUUGUCAAUUAUUCUGCUGAUGUUAGACCAUAUAGAAUUUUAUUAAAAGAAGUUUGA